AUGUUGCCCCCAGUCUGGAGCUUUAUUUUUGCAACACUAGGGGCAUUUAUAUUUCAUAGUGGAGAGGUCCAAGGCCAGUGCUGGGAUAGCAGUAGAUGCACCGACCUAACAAGUGAAGACGGUAUUCUGGACUGUAUCAAAGCGUGUAAAACGGACCUAACUGCUGAGUCACCUGUUUUUCCAGGAAAUGGACAUAUGCAGCCUCUAUCAGAAAACAUUAGAAAGUAUGUCAUGAGCCAUUUCCGCUGGAAUAAAUUUGGAAGAAGAAACAGCACUGGUAGUGAUGGCAGCAGUGCAGGUUACAAGCGGGAAGAUAUUGCCAAUUACCCCAUCUUUAACUUGUUCCCUGCCACUGACAGUCAGGACAAUCAAGAUAGCAAUUUAGAAGAGGAUGCCCUGGACAGACAAGGAAAUAAGAGAUCUUAUUCUAUGGAGCACUUCCGUUGGGGAAAGCCAGUUGGUAGAAAGAGGAGACCCAUUAAGGUCUAUCCCAAUGGAAUGGAAGAAGAAUCAUCUGAAAGUUACCCCAUGGAUUUAAGAAGAGAGUUAUCAUUUGAACUUGAUUAUCCUGAAAUUGACUCAAAUGAAGAUUUCGAAGACAAUGAAGUUCUAGGUGUUCCAAGUAAAAAAAAUGGAAACUAUAGGAUGCACCACUUCCGAUGGGGCAGUCCUCCUAAAGAUAAGAGAUAUGGUGGCUUUAUGACCUCAGAGCGGAGUCAGACACCUUUAAUGACUCUUUUCAAAAAUGCCAUUAUUAAAAAUGCCCACAAAAAGGCCCAGUAA